CUACGUGGGUAAAUUACCCGAGGAGCAGUUCUCGCUGGUAAUGGACCUGCUGUUCGACAAGGCCAAGGGCAUCGGGCUCAACCUGGCGCGCUACCACAUAGGCGGCACCUUCAACGCCUCCAACAGCCCGCAGUUCCUCACCGCCGCCUGGGAAACCCGCGCCCUCCCGGGCUUCCGCCCCCAGCCCAAUGGGCCUUACGACUGGACGGCGGACAGGCGGCAGAGACGGACAAUGCUCGCCGCCCGGACCGGAACGUGGAUGAGGUGGAAGCGGUGUCUUACUCGCCGCCCUGGUGGAUGACUGUCAGCGGGGACACCGCAGGGGCGGCUGAGAUGAAUCAGUGCAACUUAAAGCCCGAGUUCUUUCAAGCUUAUACUGAGUAUCAGGCGGCGGUGAUCGAGCAUUACCGCACGCAUUGGAACGUAACGUUCUCGACAAUGAACCCGGCGAAUGAGGCGCUCGAAGGGUGGUGGCUGCAGGGGCAUCGGCAGGAGGGCUGCAGUUUCAACCGCAAGAGCUGACCACCCUGAUCAACCACCUCUCCGCUACCCUCAAGAAACGGAAACUCCCGACAAAAGUCGCGGGCUUUGAUAGUUUUGUGGGCGCGACUCUCCGGUUCACGUACAAGUUCCCAGCUGCAUUGAAAGCGGGGCUGUUGAGGUUG